AUGCUCGGACCUUUCUACGGUAGUGUGACCCGGCUAGCCACAGGCAAAUACCAGUGGUCGGCCUCUCAGCUCACGCUUAAUGAUGAUACCAAGCAACGGGCGAUGCAGGAAACCGCAUGGGCAGACGGCCUCCGAGGAAUAGCUGCUCUCUAUGUUGUGUCUUCGCAUGUCGUCCUGAGCUAUGCUACCUCCUUAGUGAAUCCCUGUUGUGCGGACGGGAGCGAUGCGCCCAGCCUGUUCCAACGACCUAUCUUUCGGCUCGUGGCGUCCGGGCAUUCAUGGGUUGCCAUCUUCCUCAUUCUGAUGGGCUUUGUCAAUGCACUCAAACCUUUGAGUCUCGCUCGCUCUGGCCAAGCGGAUAUGGCUUCCAGCAAGCUAGCGACAUCGGCUUUCAGUAGGAUCUUCCGCCUCAUGCUGCCUGCCGCAUUUGCAACUCUUUUCAGCUGGAUGGUGUGUCAAAUGGGCUUCUACGAGAUGGGGCGUAACAGCGAUGCGUUCUGGUUGGCGCACAAUUCACCACAACCGAGCGUGAACAUCUUUGUCGCCCUUGCCGAUCUCAAAACCGCCUUGUUUGACACCUGGGUGCUCGGUGUGGAUAAUCAGUAUGAUCAGCCCCAGUGGGCUCUGAUUUAUUUCCUCCAAGGCAGCCUGAUGAUAAUACUCACGCUGUUGAUGACGGUGAACAUGACACCUGUAUGGCGAACGAUAUCACUGGUCUUCAUGGCUUUCGCCUCGAUCGACUGGAGCUACCACAUUGGUGAUCCAUGGACGGGGAUGACCUGUUUUCUUGGCAUAGUCCUCGCCGAGUUCUCCAUCUCGAAUCUACCCAGCAAGCUCGCCCCUCUAUCGGUCAUACUCAGUCCUCCAAUCGCCAUCUUCGCACUGGUACUUAUGUCCUUUCCCGGAAACAAUCCCAAAGGAGCGCCAUGGUCGGCGUAUUUGGAGCAAUUUGGCGACACACAUUUUGGCGAGCACGCCCUAGAGCGCUUAUACGGUAGUUUCGGUGGCAUUCUGCUCGUGGCAAGCAUUGUCAUCUCACCACAUACGCGGUGGGCACUAUCGCAAAAGCCGCUCAAGUGGCUGGGUAAGGUCAGCUUUGCCAUCUACCUUCUACACGGCACCUUUAUGCGAACCAUCUUCGCAUGGGUACUCUUCCUCGGCUCAGAGAAGCGCGAGUUUCAGCUCAAGGUCGAAAAUGGCUUGGAGUGGCCAAACGAGACAUUCAUAUCGGUAUGGAAAUACCCCUUGCCCGGAACUUUCAGAUGUAUUUUUGCCACUGUCGCCUUACUCGCAUCGACCCUGUUCGCGAGUCAGGUCUGGAAUAUGAAGGUUGAGCCGAUUUGUGCAAAGAUGACGGGACUGGCAGAAAAGCUAGUCAAGGGGCAACUCUCUGGCGACGAGGUGUUGGGCUCUCUCGGCCAUGUGCAAACCGAGCAAGAGUCGCUUCCGCGGACCAGGAAAGAUUAA